AUGGCCCAACCGAACUCCAAACAGCCCGCCCCCUCGGCCGACUACAAAACCAUCGCGGCGGAGUACGCCCGCGCCAAGCGAGCGAAAGAGGCGUCCGACGCCGCGAAGCAGCAACAACAACAAGAUGGCGCGCCCAAGACGAAAGCAAACGCAUCCGAACUCCAGCGCAAGGCGUUCGAGGCCCGCCGUAAGAGCGCCUUUGGGCGGCGCUGGUGGUGGGCCGUCGGCUUCUGGCUCUGGCUGCUCUGCAUCCACGCCGUGGGCAUCCUGCUCUUCACGAGCGGCUUCCUGCUGACGCGUAUGGUGCUCGACGAGAAGUCCGAGUGCGCCGUGCCGCCUGUCGAGCCGGUGGGGAGCUGGAAGGGGAUGGGCACCGUCGAGGGCGGCUGCUGGCAUCCCAAGUCUUUCGACAAGGCCGUCGUCGUCAUCAUUGAUGCGCUGCGGUACGACUUUACCGUGCCCGUCGCCGACAAUGCGCCCUUCCACAAUGCGUUUCCCUUUCUGCACGAGACGGCGCUUAAGUCGCCGCAGAACGCCUUUCUCCGGCCCUUUAUUGCCGACCCUCCGACGGCCACGUUGCAGAGGCUCAAGGGCUUGACGACCGGAACGCUACCAACCUUCAUCGACGCGGGUAGCAAUUUUGCGGGCACGGCCAUCGAGGAGGAUAACCUGCUGAUGCAGAUGAAGGGCCUGGGGCAGCGCAUUGUUCACAUUGGUGACGAUACCUGGGUGUCCUUGUUCCCCGACUACUUCGAGCCCAACAUCAGUCGCGCAUACGACAGUUUCAAUGUCUGGGACCUGCACACGGUUGACACUGGUGUCAUUGAUCACCUAGCACCCCUACUUCAGCCAGAGAACAAGGGGAAAUGGGACGUCCUCAUCGGACAUCUUCUCGGAGUCGACCAUGCGGGCCACCGAUACGGCCCAGACCACCCCGCCAUGAAGGCGAAGCUGGAGCAGAUGGAUGCUUGGCUGCGCGACCUAUCUACGCAAAUCGAUGACGAUACCGUUCUGAUUGUGAUGGGGGAUCACGGCAUGGACGAAAAGGGCGACCACGGCGGCGAGUCUGACGACGAAGUUGAGGCAGCGCUUUGGAUGUACAGCAAGAGGCCCUUCUUCGGCCGAACCGACCCCCAUCAUGUGCAGCCGCCCGCGACAGGCAAGGAACGCCCUGUCAACCAGAUUGAUCUUGUGCCUACGUUGGCCCUCUUGCUCGGUAUCCCCAUUCCCUUCAACAACCUGGGAGGGCCCAUCGAGGAGGCAUUUGCUGGUCUCAAGGGCAACGAUUGGGCCAACCUAGCUGCCGUCUCGCGGAUCUCGGCUGCCGGCACACAGCGAUACCAAGAUUCCUACUUCGCUGCACGUGGCAUGGAGAGCUCGUCCAAGUCGAGCCCGACCCAUGCGAGCUGGACCCAGGCACAUAGCGCGUGGGCUACCAAGUCGUGGUCCGCUUCCUACCAGUCUUUCAAGAAUUUCCAGGAGGAGACCCUGCAGGUGUGCAAGGAUCUUUGGGCACGGUUCGAUGUGCCCAAGAUGAUCACGGGCAUCAUCGUCAUGGCGGCGGGUGUCAUCAUGCUGCUAGUAUAUGCGUCCCGCGACGAAGACGAGGAUUUCGCAGCCACAGACAUCGAGCUUGACUUUGCCGAGAAGAAGCUUGAGCUUCAAGGCAUCGUCGGCGCUGCUUCGCCAGAGUAUACGCAGCUUCACAAGAACAUCGUAGUUGCGGCUCUUGUGGGCGCCAUCCCAGGAGCAUUCGCUGGGGCUGCCGGCUCUCAGCUCCUCGGCGUCAACGAUCUGACCUAUGCAGCGGCGGCUGCUGCUUUUGCUAGUAUUGUGGCCGCUCUUGUAGCUCUCACAGACGCUGGAAAGGGCCUUCUCAACAUUCUGCCCACCUCCGUCUGGGGCUGGCUUUCUGUCCUAUUUACUGUCAGUCAGUCUGUUGGAUUUGCGUCCAACUCGUAUACCAUCUGGGAGGAUUCAAUCCUCCUCUUCUUCAUCUCCACAUUUGGCGCCAUCAGUGCUGUCGCCUCCUUUUCCAUCCCCUCUCCUGUGGAGCGCACCCUUGCCGUCUACCACUCAGUUCUCUUUAUCGUUCUGGGCAGGGCAGCCUCCUUCUCCAAGCUCUGCCGCGAGGAGCAGAUGCCUUAUUGCACAUCAACCUACUAUGCAUCGUCGUCAUCCUCGACGUCGGCUGGAUGGCAGCUUCUCAUCCCCUUUGUUGUUGCUUUUGCUCUUCCUGCUAUCAUCAAGUCGUUCCUCGUGCCUUCGCGGUCAUGGGAAGGCCUGGGCCCAACCUGGGUUGGCUACAUCUACAGGGCUGGCCUCUUCAUGGCCGCUCUCUACUGGGUUCUUGAUGCUGCAGACAACGGCGAGUGGGUCCCUGGUCUCCCUGAGCAGACGCUCAAGACAAUCGCUGUGUACGUGGCCCAACUUGUUCUCGCCCUUGUCUUUGUGGCUGGGACGACAGCCUUCGUCUGGGCACCCCCUCUGGUAUCGGUUGUCCAGUCUCGCGCCCCCGACGGCAGCAACAAAGUCGUCAUUCUUGGUUACGGCAACACCAACGGCGCGCGCUAUCUACUCCUGCCAAUGAACCUCCUCGCCGGCUGCAUCCUCUUGUCGAAGCCCAUGGGUGGCGGCGCCCUCGCCCUGGUCUUCUGGCAGACGAUGUCGCUCAUGGAGAUUCUCGACCUGAACGGCCUGACUGCUGAGUCGAUUGGCCCUGUCAUGCUUGCUCUCCUCGGCAACUUUGCCUACUUCAAGACCGGCCACCAGGCCACCCCCUCGAGCAUUCAGUGGGACAGUGCCUUUAUCCCGCUCUUCACGAUCCGCUACCCAUGGACACCGGUCGUUGUGGCCGUCAACCACUUUGGUGCGCAGAUCAUCGCGGCGUCGGCGGUGCCUCUUGUGGUGCUGUGGAAGGUCGGACCCAAGAGAAAAGGCGUGCUGGAGAGUGCCAGUCGAGCGCUGGCGGCGUUUGUGUCCUUCUUUGCCGUCGAAAGCUUGGCAACCAUGGCUUGGGCAGGGCAUUUGAGGAGACACUUGAUGCUGUACAGGGUGUUCUGCCCGAGGUUUAUGAUGGGUGCUGUCUUGUUGCUGGUCGUGGAUCUGGUGUGCAUCGUGGUGACGCUGGCGGGUGUGAGGUCAAACACUCUGUCUGUGAGUGAGGUGUUUGGAUUCGCCGACUGA